GGUGGAAAUACUGUAAUCGUUGGCUAGCGMGAGCUGGUAGGGCCUUUCAAGUCGGUUCUUCGUGAUUAAAAUACCCUAAGUAUAUGUAAUAUGGAAGCCACUGCUAAGCACGACUUUCAAGCUAGCUCAGACGAUGAAUUAUCGUUCAAAAAGGGGACUAUUUUAAAGAUCUUAAAUAUCGAUCCCGAGCACCAGUGGUACAAGGCUGAAUCAGAAGGAAGAGAAGGUUAUAUACCAGCGAACUACAUAGAAAUGAAACCACACGACUGGUUCCAUGGAAGGAUAAAAAGAAGUGACGCAGAAGCAAAUUUAAUGAGAAGCGAGACGCAAGAUGGAGCAUUUCUUAUUCGAGAGAGUGAGAGCACACCUGGGGACUUCUCUUUAUCAGUUAGGUUCCAAAGCAAUGUGCAACACUUCAAAGUUCUGAGAGACGGAGCUGGAAAAUACUUUCUUUGGGUGGUCAAGUUUAAUUCCCUCAAUGCRUUAGUUGAGUAUCAUAGAACGUCAUCUGUUAGUAGGUCUCAGCAAAUAUUUCUGCGAGAUAAAAAGUCUGGGAAUGAUCAGAGCGAUAACUCCCUGAAUGUAACAGCCCUAUUUGACUUUGAGGCACAAGAAGAGGGCGAAGUAAGCUUUAAGAAAGGAAAUCUAAUAAAAGUUUUGGAGAAAACUGAUCCAAACUGGUGGAAAGGGCAAGUUGUUACUGGAAAUCUAAGUGGAAAUGUUGGUCUUUUCCCAUCAAAUUAUGUCAAAGUACCCAAAUAAUGACGUUAUUGCACGYAUUGAACUGUUCCCACCAGMAAGAACUCAUAUCACAGUAUUAGGGAGAAGUURGUAUUCUAGAAAAAACCUUUUGUAUUAAAUGUAUUUUGCUACAGUCUUCUAACAAAUGAUAUAUGACAUAACUAGUGGAUUAGUUUGUCAUAAUUACAAUAGGUGAAAAUUAUAUAGUUGAUAAUUAAUGAUUUCUAAUACCUAUUUCAAAAAAUGGUUUGUUGGAUAAAGUGGCAAACAGCAAUUGUCAAAUGGAGAUUGCACSACUGAAAGGAGCCAGUGUUUUUAGACACUAGCRUAGUUGAAUCACRGGCUUUAAUUUAUGCUGUGAUAGUUUCCCAUGGAAACUGGAUGACGCAGUUUGAGRGCGACUAURAAKUUUUGAGAAACAUCCCAUUUAGGGCAAAUAUCACAUCGAAAUGUUGAGAUUUUAACUGUUCUAUUGUUUUUAUUAUUCAACAUCCAAAUUUUCUGAAGCGGCAGCUCUCCACAGCGGGUACUAUAGACAUCAYGUGGUAGACUMUUGACCAAUGAGAAUGGAGGAAAAUUUGUUGUUGAMUAUGAUAUAAGAUAGCCUGUKGUAURMAUAGGCUCCUUUUAGUCUUCACGCAAGAUAAAUCCAACAACUUUGACAAACAGUAUAACUAUAUUUCAUUUCAGCCAUAUAAUUGGCAUUUGACAAUUGCUAUUCGUCAAUCUCMCCACCAACAUUUUUGAACUAGGUGUAUUUAAGCCAUCAAGCAUAAUCUCUAAAUGGGAAAACAUUGUAGCUUAUGAACUGUAAAAAUUAUUAAGAGAAUUAAAUGGUAUGUUUUGACCUAUUUAGAUGGCUAAUCUAAAAUAAUUGAACUUCUUGGCCUUGUGGAUUGUGAGGUAAAAUCCUACAGCUCAAACAAUACAGUCUACUCUCUUGAAGUUCAUUUAUUAUCAAUAAAAUGAAAGUUCAGGUAGUCUAUGCUCUAUCUACUUAAAUGUACUAGUUAACCAGCAGAGCACAACACUUGUAGCUUGUGUUGAAUCAGGAAAUUUUCUUGCUCAAGAAAAUUCUAGAUGCAACUCAAGAAAAAGAAGAAAUGAUUCUCAUUAUUCUAUAAAAUGGUGUGCAAUUUUAGAUGGUUAUCUUUUGAUCAGGCAAGUAAUAAGAACGCUUGCUCUUAUAUAUUUUGUCAUGUUAGUAUAUSAUCUGUUCAAUAAGUUUAUCUAGUAUUUGUAGAAGUAAGCUUAACUAAUGUGAAAAUCAAAAUUUCAUUCAAGUUUAAUGAAAUUUGUCCUUUUAUCAGCCUUUUUUUGGUAACUGGCAUUUGCAAUGUAUAUAUUAUUAAUGAAAAAUAAUUUGCUAGAUCUAAUAGUUUUAGUUUAAAUAAAUGAAGAAUGAUUUGCUAAAUAUAAUAGUAAUUAGUUCAAAAAAUAAAUCUAAUCUGCAAUGGCUAGCGGAAAACAUUUAUUGAUUUGCAAUAUAUAGAUUAUUAAUCGUUAUUUAGUGGAAAAUAGAUUUUGUAAUUAAAGUUUACUCGAUGCAUCUUCACA